UGCCUAUAGCCAUGUUCUUUUCUGGCUUUGUAAAGAUAUUAAAGUUAUUAUAUAAAGUAUUAUUAGUAUGUAAUUUUGGUAGACUGAGCAGAAACUGUCAUACACGAUGUCAUGAUGUUCCGUACAAAGAAGGCCGUAGUUAAAAGUUAAAUAGUAGUUUCGAAAGUCAUAGCUGUUCUGUUAGACCACUUUUCCUGCUGACUUAUCACACCUGCUGCGAUAAGUCCACCAUGAUAAGUCCACCUUGAUAAGUCCACCGUGAUAAGUCCACCGAUGGUGAGUAUUCAGUGAGGUGCUGCUUGCAGGAUUGCUGAGUAGCAACUGCUCACUCAAGUGCUGUUUGGUUUUGGAAUCACUGAACAAUGCGGCACACAGCGAGGGACAGACGUCAGAUGGGGAUGCCAGUGUGGCUGGUGCUGGCGGCCGUGUGCUGGCCGGCGCGAGGCGGGGUGCUCUACCCCCAGCAGUCGGAGACUCGGGAGGUGAAGACCUUGGACGGCAUCUGGAGGUUUCGCACGUCCCCGCCCGGUGACCAGGAGGCCGGCUUCACGCAGAGCUGGUACGCCUCUGCGCUGGACCAGUGGAUCAACAUGCCCGUCCCGGCCAGCUACAACGACGUCACAGUGAACGCCAGUAUCCGCGACUACGUGGGCUGGGUCUGGUACCAGCGGGAGUUCUUCGUGCCUGGACGCUGGAAGGAAGAUGGCCUCAGGGUCUUCUUACGUUUCGGCAGCGUGCACUACAAUGCAGUCGUGUGGCUGAACGGGGCAGCGGUGGCGGAGCACUCCGGGGGUCACCUGCCCUUCGGGGGAGAGGUGACUGCGCACUUGCGGUACGGCGCCCCCAACCUCCUGACGGUCGCCGUCAACAACACUCUCACCCAUCACACCAUCCCGCAGGGCUCUGUCACCCACUCCAACGACACGGACAAGUACCCAGAAGGCUACGUGAUAAACUCGUACAGCUUCGACUUCUUCAACUACGCCGGGAUACACCGCCCCGUGUACCUGUACACCGUGCCUCAGACGUACAUUGAUGACAUCACAGUCGUCACCGAGGUGUCCAAUGGAGCAGGACUCGUCAAGUACGAAGUGACGCACAGUCUGAGCGACAAGGAGACGGACGGCGGUAGCUCGCGCUGCGCGGUGCAGCUUCUGGACGGCAGGUCUGUCGUGGCUGCGGAGACGCGGGGAUGCACGGGAGAGAUUGCAGUGCCCGAUGCCAAGCUGUGGUGGCCGGUGUACAUGCACGCGUCCCCGGGACAUCGCUACACGUUGCUGGUACGUUUGGUGUCUACAGCAAAUGUCACUGAAGAUGUCUACCGUCUUUCAGUAGGAAUUCGAUCUUUGCGCUGGAAAAAUGGGAAGUUCCUUAUAAAUGAUCGACCAGUUUACCUUCGAGGUUUUGGAAAGCAUGAGGACUCAGACAUCCGCGGCAAGGGCCUGGACCUGCCCCUUGUGACCCGCGACUAUAACCUCAUAGACUGGCUGGGGGCCAACUCCUUCCGCACAUCCCACUACCCGUACGCGGAGGAGAUCAUGGAGAUGGCAGACACGCUGGGCAUCAUGGUGGUCGACGAGUCCCCGGCAGUCAACCUGGAAAACUUCGACGACGUGCUGCUGGAGAAGCACAAAGCCGUGAUGAAGGAGCUGGUGCAGCGAGACAAGAACCGUGCGUGCGUGGUGAUGUGGUCGCUGUCCAACGAAGCUAGUACCCAGCAGCAAGCGGCGGGGCCGCACUACAAGGAGGUGGCAAAUUUUACAAGAUCGCUGGAUGCAUCACGACCAAUUGCUUUUGUCACCAACCAACAAUACGACAAAGAUCAAGCAGCUGAGUUUGUCGACAUCAUUGGCUUGAACCGCUACAGUGCCUGGUACUAUGACACGGGCCGUGUGGAAUUGAUAGUGCGGCAGGUCGUGUCCGAUUUUUCCGAGUGGCACAACCGUUUCAGCAACAAGUUCAUAUUCAUUAGCGAGUAUGGCGCAGAUGCCAUUUCAGGCCUGCACACGCUGCCGUCGUUCGUGUGGACCGAGGACUACCAGGUGGAGCUGUUGCAACGCCACUUCCAGGCCUUCGACAAGCUGCGGCAAGAAGACUUCUUCAUCGGCGAGAUGAUCUGGAACUUCGCAGACUUUGCUACUCGCCAAGAUACCACACGAGUAGUUGGCAACCACAAAGGCGUCUUCACCCGCCAGCGGCAGCCGAAAGCCUCGGCGUACACUCUGAGGACGCGCUACAGGCAGCUCGCCUCAAAGAUUGACGCCUUCAGCUGGCCCCAGGAGCUGCACUCGGAACUGUAGCCGGCGCUUUCCGUUUGUUCUGUGCAUUUAUUAGUGUGUGAUAGCUUGGGUUGCAAUAAAGUAUUGGUGUGUUACUAA